GCCUGUGCGCUACUCAAUGACGUCAUUACACUCACCAACACCCACCACACUCUCACCAUAAUGGUGGCCGGUGAACACAUAUAACACAGUCGACGUAUAUACAUCAAAUAAUCAAAUAAUGUAGCUCGAUAUUCGUGUCAUUUUCUGUCUUAUCUUACGAGAAUCUAAAGCAAAAAUAGAAAGCAUGAUUCCAGUUUCAUUAUGCAUGAUUCCAGUUUCAUUAUGUUUCCCGUAUUAAAUUGUCUUGACAUAAUCCGAAUUCUCCGAAUUUGCGCUUUUCCCGUCACUAGUCUCGAGUCCACGUAAACAUCGCAUUCCGUGUGUUCUUCAUUCACAUUCAGUCGCUGUGGACUGAGUACGUGCUUAUCGCGCUUAUCACACUACCCGCAGUUUCCGACAUCUCUGCGUCACAAUGUUCAAGAAAUUCAAGGACAAACUCGCGGAGGAGAUGAAGCAGUCCCCUGCCAGGUUACAAGCAAGUGUGCAGCAACUGGCGCAGGCUGUGGUGUCGCCAGCCCUGUCCAACAGCUCUAUUCAGGAAGUGUCGUCGAAUGAUAAUUUCAGUUUGACAGAAGAUGGAGAUGAAACACCAAAGAAUACUCCAGCAAAGCAUAGUUUCCAGAAUGUGGACCUGAUAUCACCAUCUUCAAACUGUAUGCAGAUCUCGAGAAGAUCUUCAGUUAGUAGCGUUACUAGUGAUGCAUCUUCACUAUUUCCAAUGUAUGAAAGUCCUCCAAACUUGUAUCAUUUACAGUCAGAUAUGGAUCAAUCGGCUAGCGAAGUUGACGAUAAUAUUAGUCCUCAUCUAGAUAGAAUUACCAAGGAUCAAUUAUAUUCCGCAUACCAAAAGAUACAAGCAAAAUAUCAUAAAUAUCGCGGUAGAUAUACUGAUCUAGCUGCACACUAUCGUGAACUGGACAGAGUGAAAAGCAGACUGGAAUCUGUAUUGGUUGAAACACAAGAUAAAGUUCUAAGAAGAAUAAAUGAUCUAAAAGAACAAUGUCAGUUGGAACAACAAGCAAAAGCACAUUUGGAGGAAGCGUUGAGAAAUGACAUAGAAGAAAAAGACCACAUAAUUAAUACGUUAAAUACAAAAGUAAAAUUAUUACAAGCAAGUGGACCAACAUUAGAGAAUUCAGUAUCGGAAGAGUCUGAACAAAAGGAAAGUUUGAAAGCCAAUCUAAUUGAUCUGACGAAUGAAUCAUCCAACAUCGAGAACAGUGCGCUGUCAGCAGAAAAUAUUCAGUUGAAGGAUAAAUUGAAAAAACUGGAAAGCCUCGUUUUGAAGUACAAAGAGUCGUUAAAGCGUAACAAGGAGAAGUUUACAGAAGUGAUGAAGGAGAAGAAUGGUUUAGAGAAUGAUUAUGAGGCUCUGAAAAAUUCCACUGCUGAAAAGAUAGGUAUGAUGGAAGGUGAAUUAAGCACGGCGCGAAUGGAGAUUGGGAAACUGACAGAACAAGUAGAUAUUUUGCAAAAACGCGAAGAAGAAUCGGCAAUUUCGUUGGCCGAAAAUAAACUUUCGGUGCACAGAGAACUCGAAGAGAAGGAAGAACAAAUCAAGCAGCUUCGAAUUGAUCUGAAACAAACGACGGAAAAUGCGGAACAUUUAAACGAAGUAAUAGCGAGAUAUAAAGUCGAAAUGGAUAAAUUGAAAUCUUUGCAUGCUGAGACAAAUUUAGCUGCAGAUAAGGAUACAAAAGUGCACGAUGAUACGUUGAAGGAAAUGGAAGCAGCGAAGGCACAGGCGGGAAUAAAACAUGAACAAGUCGAUCACGGUAAAGAGGUAAGAUUAGGAAAGGACGAGAACGCGCUGGAAGAAGUGAUGCAUCGUUUAAAGGAAAAGGAGAUUGAAUUCCAAGAAUUGCAACAUAAAUUAGACGAACUAGAACAACGAAACGUGGAAUAUAAACACGAUAAGAAAACAUUGGUCGAUGAGCUGUCGGCGUACAAAGUCACAUGUUCGGAGAUAAAGAGCGAGUACGAUGCGCAAAGGAUUAUUGCUGUAGAGAAACAGAAAGAUGCCGACGCGACAAUAGAGAAACUUCAAGCCACAGUACAAAGCAUCGAUAAAGAAUUGGAGAAUAUGAGAAGAGCUUUGAUCGACAGAGAUCAGGUAUGCGAGAAUUACAACAAGAAAAUGCAGCACGACGCAGGCAUGCUCGAAAAGGCUAAGUAUAAAUUGUCCGAGCAGGAGACACAGAUAAAGUCUCUUAAAGACAAAUUAGAAGAUAAAACAGAGCUUUUUAAAAUACAAGAAGAAUUAGAGAACAAGAAAACAGAAUUAAAUGCAGUGAAAAGUGAACUUGAACUUUGCAAGUCCACAAUCGACGAUCUGACAAACAAACUCCAAGUAGACAGUUCAGCUAUAAAUUUGUUGAAGAAAGAGAGGAGCGACUUAAUAAAUCGUCUUGUCUAUUACAAUGAUUAUGUACAAUGUUUAAAGCAGGACUGUGUGGAUGUUAAAAGCAUUGUGAAGAAAGAAUUCUCGAGUCAAAAGGCCAGAAUAUCGCAUCUGAAUACAAUUUUCACUACAUCUCUCGUGAAGCUCGAAGAAGAAAACUCACUGCUGAUGUCUAAGGCGGAUGAAUUACGUUCGAAAAUAAAAGAUUCGGAACAAUUUACAUUUAAAGAAGCAGAAUUGCAAUCGGAAUUAGUUAAAAUGACAAAUCUUAAAUCUAGCUUGGAAGCGGAAUUGAAAAAGAGUGACGAACGAUUGAAAGAAAUGUCACUGAAGAAUGAGCGAUACGACGAGCUUAAUAUUACGAAUAACAAAUUAAUAGCCGAAAUUGAUAAUCUUCAUUUUAAAGUUCACGAUGCGGAUAAGAUUUCUCAUAAAUUGAUGCAGUCACAACAACAAGUUGAGGCCUUGCAAGAGCGGCUGAGAGCGUUAGAGAACCUUGAAUCUGUAAACCACGCGUUAUCCAUCGAGAUUGAUGAUUUAAGAGAAAAGUAUGCACAGGCCAAUUGUGCCUUCGAGGAAAUUGAUGAAUUAAAAGCGGAAUUACGCGAGACGACUGAUAUUAUUAAUGUACUGAAAUUAGAGAGCAGCCAUCAGGACACGCUUCGAGAGGAACUGUAUAUUUCGAAAUUGGAAAUUGCUCGCUUGAAGGACGAAUUGACUGAAAAGGAAAGUGAAAUCAAGAUAUGCGAGAAAAAACUGGCGGAGGAGGAAGAGCAUAUCGCGCAUUUAAAAUCUACAUGCGACAGUCAUAUACAAACGAUCGAGGAACAUGUUCAGAAAUAUCUAAAUUUGGAGGCGGAGUAUCAAACAACGAGAGAAGCUCACGCGAAAGAAAAUGUUGAGUUGAUGGAGAAUAAUAAAGUGUUGCAGGAAACGAUAAAUGUGAAGCUUGUACAAUUAAAGAAGAUGAAAAUCGUCAAAGAACGGCAGGGCAAAACGAUCGAAGAAAUGAAUUCGGAACUCGACGAAUUGAAGACCAAGCAUGCAGACUUAUCUAACACAUUGGAAACUUCGAAGAAGCAAAUGGAAUCGUUGAAAUUAGAAAAUUCUCAGCUGGCGACGAUUAUCCUGGAGAACAAAGAUCUAAAAGAUAAGUGUAACGAUCUUUUGAGUCGUAAUGAAAAGCUUUGCGAAAAUGAGGGAAUUUUGAAGCAGAAAAUUAAAAUCCACGAGAAGGAUAUCGAAGAAUUGCGGAAGACAGUGAGAAAUUGCACUGAAUCGUGCAAAUCUCAACUGAAUAGUCAGAACGAGGAGACGGAACGAUUAAACAACGAAUUGACGAUUAUUAAUACGCAACUCGAAUGUAAAGACAAGGAAUUAAAUUCGUUAAAUGAGAGACUGGUGAUGAGCGAAAGAGAAUUGCAAGAAAUUAGAGAGAAAUUUAACAAACAGGAUAUCGAAUUGCAGGAUAAAGUUUCCAAAUUAAGCGCAGCUAUAACAAAUGGCAACAGCAUGAAAGAAGAGAACGCGCAGCUUUUCACCGAAUUGGUAACGCUGAGGGAUCAAAUUAAAAUAUUCAAAGAUUUAAAAGACGAGAAUGCGCAAUUGAAAUUAGAUUUAACACAAAAAAAUUGUGAUGUAGAGACAAUGCGUUCGGAAUAUAAUCAAUUAAUUGCCGAACAGACAAUUCUGAAAGACAGAAUUAUUGAAUUAGAACAUAUAAAUUCGAGCAACAUGGAGCUAAAAGUUUAUGUAAAUAAUCUACAAUCUAAAAUAUCUAGCUUAGAGACUUUACGAUUAGAAAACGACAGGUUGCAGUCGGAAGUGGAGGCUUUACAAUCCGCGAAUAGUUUAUCGACGGAAUUGGGCUCCUUAAAAGAUUUAUUAACGGUAAAAGAUGCAGAGAUAAAAUUAUUGGAAGAUAAAAAUUCCAAUAUGUCACAAGAAAUAGGGAAUUUGCGACGCUUUUCGUCAGAAGUCGAUGAAAGAAGAAAAGAAGCAGAUACGCUGAGAAAUUUAUUGGCGAAAUCAGAAGAAAAAAUUGCUGGCCUACAGACGGAGAUUAAUUCUCUUCUUCAGACAAACGAUGCGUUGCGAAACGAGUUAAAAGCUGUCCGCAAUGAUGAAGAUAUCGAGCUUCAUAGUGACAAGUUACGGGAAAAGAAUAAGAGAUUAGAAGCGCAACUCGAUGAGACAUUGAUAACAUUUCAAGCGAAAGAGACGCAGAUGCAGCUAGCAAGUGGUGAACUGAAAGCGCAAGCUAACCAAUUGAGAGAACAGUUGAAAAUCAGCGAGGAGGAGCAAGGAAUGAGAUUGAAGCAACUGGUCAAGGAGUUCCAGGCUCAACUGCAUGACAAGGAAGAGGAAUUGCAAGCCGCGUUGGAGAAACGUUUUGAUCGCCAGCAUAAUUACGAAUCAAAUCUCGUACAACAAUAUAAAGAACAACUGAAAGAUUGUCAUAUUGAACUUACAGAGAAGUCUGAGCAGCUUGAGAGUCUUGUUUUGGAGAAAAAAGAUGCAGUAGCCGAGAAAGGAAAGGAUAUUGAUCGUUUGGUAGAAACAAUUGCACAGAUUAAACAAGAACACACAAAUGAGAUGAAAGAAUUGGAAAAGAAGUGGAAAGCUGUAAUACAACAAAGAAUCGACAAUCUGCAAGCUAAACACGAAGAGGAAAUAACCGAGCUAACAAAGGAAUGGCAAAAUGAACGGAAGCUUGAUGCACAAACUGAAGCAGCUUCUGAGGAUUUAGAGAGUACUUCGCGCGUGGCGAUGGCCGCGAUACAAACAAGCACUGGUUCGAUUCACACUUUACAACAGACCCUGACCUCUCAGAGACGUGAACUCGCAGAGCUUAGAAAACUGGUAAAAUUGCGGCAAGAUACAUUGGACGAUUCAACAGAGAUCGAAUAUCUCAGAAACAUUCUUUUCGAAUAUAUGAUGGGACGAGAAACCAUGGUACUCGCCAGAGUGAUCGCUGCUGUUGUCAAGUUCGAUCAAGAACAAACUACAAAAAUACUUAAGAAGGAGGAAGACAAGUUGACUCUGACUACGUAUUCCACGACUAAAAAAAUGUCUGUACCUGAAAAAGUGCUAAUGCGAAAAAUAAAGAAACGCGAGAAAACCAAAUUAACGGUACUUAAACAGCGGGAAGAACAGAGAGAAAUGAAUUCGGAGAAUACAAAUCAACAUGUGGAAGACAUUCCUUCAAAAAAAAAGAAAAAGGAGACUGUUCCUGAAAAUUUACCUGGCACAGAUGUGGGUUUUGAAGUGACAAACAAUACAAGUUUUUCUGUAUUAAGUGAAAAAGUAUGUGAGAACACAUUACAGGCAAUAAAGGAUAUGGGUUUCACAAAUAUGACAGAAAUACAAGCAAAAGCUAUUCCACCUCUUCUAGAAGGAAGAGAUUUAGUUGGUGCUGCUAAAACUGGAUCUGGCAAGACUCUAGCAUUUUUAAUUCCAGCUAUUGAACUGAUUUACAAAUUGAAGUUUAUGCCACGUAAUGGUACUGGAUGCAUUAUUAUGUCUCCUACAAGAGAAUUAUCCAUGCAAACUUUUGGAGUUUUAAAGGAAUUAAUGAAAUAUCAUUAUCACACAUAUGGUCUGCUGAUGGGUGGUGCUAAUAGACAGACUGAAGCUCAAAAACUUGAAAAGGGAAUCAAUAUUAUUGUGGCAACACCAGGACGCCUAUUGGAUCAUUUGCAAAAUACACCAGAUUUCUUAUAUAAAAAUCUUCAAUGUUUGAUCAUUGACGAAGCGGACCGUAUUUUGGAUAUUGGAUACGAAGAAGAGCUGAAACAAAUUAUUAACAUUCUUCCCAAGCGUCGGCAAACCAUGCUUUUCAGCGCAACACAGACGCAAAAGGUUGCGACGAUAACAACGUUGGCUCUCAAAAAAGAACCUAUAUAUGUGGGAGUCGACGACGACAAAGAAAUGGCGACUGUUGAGGGUUUGCAACAAGGUUACGUGACAUGUCCGAGCGAGAAGAGAUUCUUACUUCUUUUCACAUUCCUGAAGAAAAACAGAAAGAAGAAGAUAAUGGUCUUUUUCAGUUCUUGCAUGUCUGUUAAAUAUCAUCAUGAACUUUUGAACUACAUCGAUUUACCAGUAAUGAGUAUACACGGUAAACAGAAGCAAACGAAAAGAACCACCACUUUUUACCAAUUUUGCAACGCUUCAUCCGGGAUUCUACUUUGUACUGACGUAGCUGCAAGAGGUUUGGAUAUACCCGAUGUUGACUGGAUCGUGCAGUAUGAUCCACCGGAUGAUCCUAAGGAGUACAUCCAUCGUGUAGGCCGAACUGCUCGCGGAGAAGGUAGUAGCGGUCAUGCUUUGCUUAUAUUGCGACCUGAGGAACUUGGUUUUCUUCGUUAUCUCAAACAAGCCCGUGUACCUGUGAAUGAAUAUGAAUUUUCUUGGAAUAAAAUCGCUGAUAUACAAUUACAGCUUGAAAAGCUGAUUUCAAAAAAUUAUUUUUUACAUCAGUCGGCAAAAGAGGCGUUCAAGAAUUACAUUAGAGCAUACGACUCGCAUCACUUGAAAGAAGUUUUCAAUGUAGAGACAUUGGACGUGGCUAAAGUUGCCAAAUCGUUUGGAUUUACUGUACCGCCGGCAGUAGACUUAAAAGUGGGAAUUAACAAGGCUUCACGACCACGAAAAAGGCUUGGCGGAGGCGGUUACGGACAAUUCAAAGAUAUGAACGCUCCGAGUUCGGCAAAACGGAUUGAGCGUACCAAGACCUUUCGCCAGGUAGGUAAACGUGGGCAGGACAACCGGCAAUUCACCAGAUAACUGUCAUCUACUCGCACCUUACACGCAUAGGUAUUCGGACAUGAUAUGCACGGAUACAAUGUAUUGUCAAGCGUCGAUAUAUCUUCUAUAUUUUAUUGUAUAAAUUAUAUAAAUGUAUAAUUAGAAAU